CGGAAAGAAUCAAUGGGGGAGGUCAACGAAGUCACUAUUGCUGAAGUCAUCAUCGACACGCCAGCUUCCUCACAGGAACAGCAGCAACCCAUCACGAAGCUCAGCGACGAGAGCACGGGCGCGGCUGCGGCUGCGGAGACCUGUUCAGAGAAGGGGGCUGGGGACAAUGAGGGCGGAGAAGAAGAUGGGCAACCAUUGCGGAGGGAGGAGUGCGAGUUGGCGGCCAUGGUAGCUGAGUUUCGACUCUGUGCGGGACCUGCAGCCUCCUUUCAGGAGUUCGAGACUCACUUACGCUAUGAAGGGGAUUCUUUUGUUGGUGCUGUGUUCACCCCGGAGCCCUUUUGGAAGACAGUGAGGCGGACGGCAAAGGUACUCGUCUUCCAAGUGGCCGCUGCGGCAACCAUCGCAUCUAUUUGGUCUCUGAUUUGGGUGGGAUACUGGUGGGUCUGCUGUGCGAGAGGACGGUGGAUGACAGUGCUUGAUGUCGCUCGCCGGAUUGUUAUUGCCCUAUGCUUUGUCACUAUGGUGCUUCUCGUGGCUGAAGGCAGCUUUCGUGGGGCCCUCCAUCGCUUGACAACCACGUGGCCCUUCUUCGCUCCCGCCGUCAUCAUACACGUCGGCGCUGUUGUGUUCUUCCACGUGGAGGUCUUGCUGCCUUACCGCAUCAUUGCGGUCUGUUUCAUUUAUACGCAGAUGAUCGUCCUCCCAUUUGCGUAAGGAAGGAAUAGAUGAAGGACACUCUUAAAAUUGCAGCUCACACUCUCUCGUGUGCUCCCCGCAGGGUCUUCCGCCAGAUGGCUCGGACAUCGAGGACAGUCGUGAGGAAGCGGCGCUAUGUCCUCCAAAUGGGGCUCGUAUUCUUUCUGCUAGCGACUAUUCCGUCUUCAACACGAUCCUACUUCCUGCCGCUUGCCAAAGACGCAGCGAGCGGUGGCGGAAGUGCUCGCGGCAGGAGCAUUGUCGUCAUCACUUGGUUGCUCGCAAUGUCUCCUGUUGUUGCACUCUGUAAGGACAUCGUAGUGCACCAUUCUCGUAUGCCUUCAAUUGGCCUUCAGUGACGGCGCUGGUCCGUUCAUUGCGCGACGGUCCUGCACUGCAGACGGGUCCGGCGAUCUCUUAUCCGGCUGUAGUUUUGGUUCUCUUUCCACGGAUCGUACAAGCAGAGAUGCAGCAUCUGUCGUCUCAGGUGAGUUGGACUAUGCUGCCUGUGCCUUGUCCAAAUUCCUCUUCCUUCUCUCGUCUCUUCCCAGGUUUUGACCUCACUAAUCCUUGCGUCAUUCGACUUGUAUGUGCCCAUAGCCACAGCACAACAGAGAUGCAUGCAUGCGUGUGUAUAUAUGUGUGUGUGCAUGUGUAUGUCAGAGUAUCUGACAUGGCCAUCCCAUAUGGUUGGUAACAGACAUGACACUCUGUCUGUCUCUCUGUCUGUCUGUCUGUGCAUGCAGUGAUGCUUCUUGGCGGUGCAGCUAAGAGAGCUUUGGUGCGGUGCCUGCUGUCAUGCGAAGCACGCAGGAAAGUCCGACAUCAGCAUUCAAAUGACACGUCCCACACCAUCGCUGCCGAAGACACCAAAAACACUAAAGAAACAAUCACCGACAAGCAGCCUCCGGCCAAACUGCUCAGCCGUCUGUCAAGUACCGUGAUGAGCUUCUACACAAGGAGUCGCACAGGUGACAGCACUCUUUUCAGCCGCCAAUUGCUGAGGUCCUUGAGCUCGUUUCUCGAUGUCCCCACACGAGUUGUCCAGUUCAGGCUUCACCCAAUAUUCCUCAGAAGACUCAGCGACGUAAGGGAGGAGCAAGUGAAUUGUCUUCAUACCUUCAAAUCCACGUCUCGCUGUUCUGGCUGAUUUCCGUCGAUCAGCGAUGAAUGCAGCAGGUGCACGCUUACGGAUUGGUGGAACUUACGGUGCUCAUUCUCACCAACCUAUGCAUCAUCACUCUCGACCAGGUGCUGUCUCCAUCGGUUCCGCAGCUGCUUGAAAGGAUGGCUGGUCUGCUGAUCAUGGUGUUUAUCGAGCUGGUCUUUGAGGGCGUGCUGUUCAUCUGGUUGGUCCGGUCCGCCGAUUUGCCCCUCCUUAGAAGCAUGGCGGAGCCCGGUUCUAUGAAGAUGUAUGUAGUCGGACUGGCGAUCGGCGGCGGCCUAUGUAUGCUUCGUGGAGGGCCAUACUUUGUGCUGUGGAACUUGAGCGCUGUGGAUGAAAGCAGAUACGGCCAAAUGGGGAUGCAGGAGUUCUGUCCAUAUCACUCGACCCUGCAAGGUCUGCCAUAGGCUUCGUGAUGACUUGUGUACGCGUAGAGAUGAGAUCAAGGAGUAGGUAUAGAGCGGUAAACGACUGUCUGGCCUGCCUUGUGAAUAUACCAACGGUAUGGCAUGGCACAAGGGACUUUUGCUUACGUCAAUGUGUCAUUUGUGGCAAUUAACGAAUGUGGACAAUGCUGAGACACUCUUGACGUGAGUGGCUGGGAUCUCUUUGUCUUCGAAGCCUGUAUGCCUGGCCGUCUCGCUGAUGUUCACUGAAGAAUUUUCUUGAUGUCUGUCGUGUCUCUCCUCAUUCGCAGGGUCGUCAAUCACUCAUAUGCGAUAUGCGGCUGUAAAUGUAUAUAUACACGUACUUAUGUCUCAUCUGCAUUUCCGCUUUCCU